AUGGGAGGCCGCCGCAAUGUGCACGCUUACAACCAGGACGAGAUCGACAGGCUCCAGGGUAUCCCGCUUCCCAUGAAGAUCAAAUGCGGCCGGUGCCACAAGAACCUCCCUCAAGUCAAGUAUUCCACCAAGCAACUGACCGAUGCGCGAUACCAAAUCAAGACCUCAAGCAAGAUCACCAAGUCCAUCAACUGCCACAGUUGCACUGGACAGCAGAAGGUCGAGAUCGAGUGCACCAUGUGUGGCAAGACAAAGGGCUUGGAGGAGUUCGCGAAGUCUCAGCGCGCCAAGCCCGACACUGCCAAAUGCUUCAAGUGUGUUGAGGCUCAGCUCGCUGAUGAGGCUGUCGAUGAAGACCGCUAUGUCGACCAAGACAGGGCCUUUCUUCCGCCCGACCACUCCCAGGGCCAGUUUCCCGAGUACUGGUCCGCAGCUACCAGUGAAACAUCUUCUACUUAUGGAGAUGAUGAGUGGAAGACUGUCAACGGCAUCAAUCGACGAACCGAGCGCAAGGAUAUUGAAGACGGAGGUAUUGCGCUGUCGGCUGGCUUCCAGAAGGCCAUGUCCAUGAACGGUUCAGCAGAGGAGAGCCUCAUCGAGACCGAAUACUCCUUCCCAGCUGGCCACGGAAACGCCAACACUGACAGCUGGAGCGAGGUCCGCACCAAGUCCUGGCAUACCCAGUCCAACGCCGCUCCCAGUGCAAGCUCAGGCUUCAAUCCCAAUGCCUAUCGUCACUCGACUUCUUCCGUUACCGGCUCGUCCCACACCUUCACCUCUAGCGUGGCUGAGCGAUCUGACACUUCGGAGAUUCGUCCUAAUGGAUGGGCCAAGAUUCGUGCUGUUCCUCGAGGUCCUCCUAUGAUGCCUAUGGGUGAUACUGUCCGACAGACAGGAUCCACUGUCGAUGCUUGGGACUCGGAUGAGGAGGAAGACGAAGAAGACGAGGACGAUGAUGACAGUGACGACGACACAGUCAUCUAG